GAAACACAGAACAAGAGUGAAACAGCAGAAGAGACCAACGCUAAAAUAUCCCAGAAUCGGACGCAACGAUGGAAAAAACAACGAAGAGUCGGACUCAGCGACAACAGAAGACAAACUGAAACAGGAAAUAGAUUCAGGAAGAGUCUGACCGGGACCAGAACCCACCAGAACCACAACGGGACCAGAACAGAGGAACCUCCAGGAUGGACUAUGAGCCAAAGAAAUCCAAGAAGGGCUUCGUUUCGCCGAUCAAACGAUUGGUUUGGUCCAAAUCCAGUCGCCGGUCGGUGGAUCGAGGCAGCGUUUACCGCCGACCGCUGCACACCGUUCCCCUCUACGCCCCCGACUACCUCAUCCACCCUGAGAGGCUCAUCUUUGACUACGUGGAGAAGGAGGUCAAGUUCCUCGGUCACCUGACCUGGGUGUCGGUGUCGCUGAACCCGUCCAGUCGAGACGAGCUGCUGCAGCUGCUGGACGCUGCCAGGCAGCUGAAGGUGCUGCCGUUGAAGACCAGCGUGGAUCAGGACUGUAUCCUGAGUCUGUCGGCUCGCUGCCUGCUGCUCACCUGGAGAGACAACGAGAAGCUGCUGAUGAGGAUCCCAACUCACGAGAUCGCUGCUGCCUCCUACCUGAGAGACGACGCACUGCAUCUGCUGGUCCUCAAGACAGGUCUAAAUGUUGACACAGUGGUUGCCGGGGACGACAGCCUGGACAGGAAGAAGCCAGCGGGUAUCGACGGGCGACGCCAAACCAUGAGCUGCAACGCCGACCCUCGACCUGCAGGGGGCACCAUGGAGCGACGACACACCAUCUGUGGGGUCGACUGGAGGCCUUCGCUGUCCAGGAGCAACCACGACAAGAACCAGGCCGUGGAAAGAGGAGGAGGAGGAGGAGAGAGGGGAGGAGGAGGCAGUCUGGAGAGGAAGAGGGUUGGAGGGAGCUGGGAGAGGAGGCAGCAAACCAGGAAGGCCACCGGAGGCAGCUGGGAGAACCGCAGGGCCCGACCCAUGAGCGGCAGCUGGGGUGGAGGGGGAGGCAGCUGGGAGAGGAGGCAUGGAGGAGGCGGGGGAGGCGGAGGAGGCAGCUGGGAGAGGAGGGGAGGUGGAGGGGGAGCAGGAGGAGCCGGAGGGAGCUGGGAGAGGAGACAAGCCUGCACAGGGAGCUGGGAACGGGGGAAGAGCUACGGCAGCUGGGAGAGGAGGAACCACAACCCUCUGGAGCCGACGCCCUGCCCAGACGCCUACUGCAACCUGGUCAUCCUGGCCGUGGAGAACAGGGACGCUGCAGAGGAAUACUGCUCUCUGAUCUGUCAGAUGUUCCAGAUCAUUUACGGACAUCAGACCAUCGAGUGUGUGGACAGGGCGGGCUUUCACCACACCAUGCCGGACCGCUAUUGGCUGCAGAGGAGUGACAGCUGUCUGACUGAUAUGUCGUACAGUUAUGAUCCAGAGUUCAGCUGCUGUAGCUCAUACGACGGCUCCCAGGAAGCCUUCGAGCUCUACUACAGUGAAACCUACAGCGAGAGUUCGUCGCUGUCGCUGCAGGAUUCCCGUCGCAGUUUAGCUUCGGUCAGCGACGGAGGCGACAGCAACCCGGCGCUGCUGCUGAUGCAGGAAUACAUGAUCACUCUGCGUAACAAACUGAGUCCGGUGGAGCUGCAGCAUUUCGCCGUGCUGCUCAGAGAAUACCGUCUGGGAUCCAACAUCGAACAUUUCUGCUCCGAGCUGCUGCAGCUUUACGGAGACAACCGCAAGUUCCUGCUGCUGGGAAUGCGUCCGUUCAUCCCAGACAAAGACGUCGGAGCGUUUGAGAGUUUCCUGGAAAGCAUCGGGAUCCGAGAAGGAGGAAUUUUAACGGACAGCUUUGGACGAAUCAAACGCAGCAUGAGCAACACGUCGGCUACAGCCAUGAGAGGGUACGACAAUUGCUCUCUGGCUUCAGGGUCUCAGGAAUUUAACCGACGAAUCACCGACAUCACCCACGACAUCCAGGCGUUGGGCUUCCAGGACACUCACGGAGACAUCGAGGAGGAGGAUUACUACCUCUGAGGGAGAAAAAUACGGACUUCAGACAGUUUUUAAACUAAAAUCCUCCCUGCAGCAGGAACACUGAGCCCAGGUUUUCUGCAGAACAAAACAAAAAGACUGUAAAUAAGCUGUAAAUUUAAUUAAAGCUGCAUUCAGUGUUGGUCGUGUCCUCCAUCCUUGUUGGUCAGUGAACCCUUACAUGUCCACCAGGUGGCGCUGUGACUGAGAGUGUAUUUCAGCCUGUGGCCUUGUCGAUGGCGAGUCAUCAAAACUGUCCACCAGGUGGCGCUAUCAGUGUGAAUGUACAUGGGCCUAUGGAUGGGAGGAGGGUCCGCCUCUGGUCCUAAAGUUUGAGAAAGACUGAAUAAUUAGAACUAGAGCUGAUAUCAGUCAAAAUCACUGAAUCAGCACCAAAUAUUCAAGUUUUUAAAUUUCCUUAGAAUGCAUAAUUGUUUUUAAAAAGUGUAAAUAAAUAAAAAAAUAAAUGAAAAACUAUUCUCAUAAGGAAUAUUUUCCUGUGCACACUGUGUCAUAAUGUAAAAGGUAACAGAUCUCUGUGUUUCUGCAGAUUAUAAAGUAGGUCUGAAAAUUAAAAAUAUACAAAUAUUGAA